UACUCUAGCCUUCCAAGUUCCGUCUAGUAACCCUGUCGACGGGAUCCCGAGGUUCCCCGAGUUCACGCGCUAUUCACUCCUGCAUCGGCGUUCCUUAACCGAACGAUCGUGAAUAUUACUCAAAAAGUUGGUCAAUUCGCUUCCCUUUGUCCGCGCUUCACAAUAACCGAGACGCCCACCUUUAACGUCGCAAAUCGACCACGCCAAAAUGUCGACCUCUACGACUGUGAAGGAAGCGGUUAAGGAGAGCCUCCUGGGCUCCGAGGAGCCUGCUAAGUUGUCUUCUUCGCAUCGCGCUUCAUUUUUAAACAAUGCAAUCAAGGAUGAGCAAACCGGGGAGUUAUACAUGGGACCUGAGGAAUUCAUCUCAGCCAUUGCGCCACCUGAACAAGACUACCACAAGAUCGGUCGUGACCAGUAUGGUCUCCUCUUUCGUGUAGCUGACCGUCGAGGGACUGGUAAGAUAACAAUUGGCGAUUGGGCGGCCUUCGAGAACCUCCUGACGAAACCCGAUGCCGAAUACGAGAUCGCAUUCCGUCUUUUUGAUAUCGGCCGUACCGGGAUUGUCAAGUAUGACGACUUCAAACGACUCUACGAGCAAAACAAGGGACCCGACAGUAUUCCAUUUGACUGGGAUUGUGAGUGGGCAAAGCUGUACAUUGGGGACAAGUACAAGAGACAUGUCCUCUCUUACCCAGAAUUCUCCCAGAUGCUCCGUGGUCUCCAGGGCGAGAGAAUCAGGCAAGCGUUCCAACGUUUCGAUAGGGAUAAGGAUGGUUAUAUCGAACCAGAGGACUUUGCGAGAAUUAUUCUAGAGACGGCGAAGCACAAGUUAUCUGACCACUUGUUGGAUAAUUUGACAACAUUGUGCAAUGUCUCCGCCAGCAGCAGGAUAUCGUAUGCCAAUGUCCGAGCUUUCCAGAACAUGAUAAUGGAGAUGGAUUUGGUGGAGCUCAUCAUUCGCAAGGCUUGUCAGAAGAGCGCCGAUGGGAAGAUUACGAGAACGGAGUUCUUGAACGAGGCUGCCAAAGUUACUCGAUUCUCUUUGUUCACCCCUAUGGAAGCAGACAUCCUCUUCCACUUCGCCAGCUUAGACGAACCAUCAGGCCGAUUAGGUCUCUCAGACUUCGCCAAAGUCCUGGAUCCUUCAUGGAGAUACCGCGGUGUUGCCGAAGAAGCCGCAGCCCGCCGAGCCCAAGGAAAGACCAAGUCUGUAACACAGGGUAUUCUGAAUCGGGUUGUUGAGUCGGCGUACAACUUUGUCCUAGGAAGUAUGGCAGGUGCUUUUGGCGCCUUCAUGGUGUAUCCUAUCGACCUGGUCAAGACACGAAUGCAGAACCAGCGAGGUGCCGAUCCGGGACAACGCCUUUACAAAAACUCAGUUGAUUGUUUUAGAAAAGUCGUUACGAAUGAAGGUUUCCGUGGUUUAUAUUCGGGAGUCUUGCCCCAGCUGGUUGGUGUCGCACCAGAAAAGGCCAUCAAGCUUACGGUGAAUGAUCUUGUUCGAGGUUGGUUCACAGACCCUAAAACAGGUCAUAUUUCGUGGGAAUAUGAAGUGUUGGCCGGUGGUAGUGCUGGUGGUUGCCAAGUUGUCUUCACCAAUCCUCUUGAGAUUGUUAAGAUUCGACUACAAGUUCAGGGAGAAGUUGCGAAAGCUACUGAAGGCGCCCAGAAGCGCUCUGCGAUGUGGAUCGUUAAGAACUUGGGUCUCGCAGGCCUUUACAAGGGUGCCUCUGCAUGCUUACUCCGCGACGUUCCUUUCUCGGCCAUCUACUUCCCCACGUACAGCCAUCUCAAGAAAGAUUUCUUUGGAGAGUCCCCAACCAAGAAGCUUGGCGUCGUCCAGCUUCUCACAGCCGGUGCCAUAGCUGGUAUGCCCGCUGCAUACCUUACCACUCCGUGCGAUGUGAUCAAGACCCGUCUGCAGGUCGAAGCACGUAAGGGUGACACAAACUACACCGGUCUCCGACACGCCGCAACCACGAUUAUGAAGGAAGAAGGUUUCCGAGCUUUCUUCAAAGGCGGACCGGCCCGUAUCCUUCGAUCAUCCCCGCAAUUUGGCUUUACGCUUGCGGCGUACGAAGUUCUUCAGAGCGUCCUGCCAUUCCCCGGCAAGGCAAAGCAGGAACAGAUUCACACCGGUGUCGCGGACGUUGUUGAUACGAUCAAGGAGAAGGACGUCGCAUCGCCUCACGCUCGUAGCCGAAAUGCUUUGAAGAUGAUCCUCGAUCUCGAUGAGAAUUUCGGUCGCGUCAAGCUUCCAGAACACCAGACCUGGAAGGCAGUGCCGAAGCUCCUCGGUGGCGGAAAAUCAUGAUGUUCCAAUAGAGAGGACCUUACAUAGUCCUCAUUCCCUUCAGUCCCAAUUUUCUUUCGAGACAUUUGCAUAAAAUUGGCGUUUGCGACCCUUGGCUCAGGGAUCUUUUUACUUGCGUUUUGCGUUUUUUCUAAGGGCGAUCAGAGAAAAAGUUGAUGGUCGUAGCCAGCUAUGGCGUCUUGUGUAACUAGCUAAGAUCGGAAGAUCACGAUUGAAUGAUCUCUAGGGAGUCAUAUUGAAGAGCUUAAAGAGGGAAGAUAGAACCCUCGGGUUUUGAACCCCGUUCAUACCCCCAUAGACCGCGAAUAGACGAGUCUCGCUUUGCAGCAU